AUGAUCAGAAUCCGAAGCCGGGACGGGUUGGAGCGGGUCAGUAUCGACAACCCGCAAGCCACUGUCGGCCAACUCAGGUCUGCAAUUGAGUCGCAGCUCCGGGUUCCGACGCAUUCCCAAACCCUGUCAACUAAUCAAAAUCUUCUGUUAGCCAAAACCCUAGAUGAUUUUACCCGGUUCACCGACAUGUUGGAUCCUAUUACCCGGAUCUCGGCUCUUAACAUUGGGCAUGGAUCUAUAGUUUAUCUAGCUUAUGAGGGGGAGCGGACAGUUGCGGGGCCGGUGUUCAACCCUGCUGGAUCUUUCGGCAGGAAGAUGACUGUAGAUGAUAUGAUUGCAAAGCAGAUGCGAGUUACCCGACAGGAAAACCCGCAUUGUGAGCAUGUUUCAUUUGAUCGUGAUGCAGCGAAUGCUUUCCAGAAUUAUGUGAAUGAAACCCUUGCUUUUGCUGUAAAGCGAGGUGGGCUUAUGUAUGGGACAGUCUCUCCGGAGGGGAAAGUGGAGGUGGAUUUUAUUUAUGAGCCGCCCCAGCAAGGUACGGAGGAGAAUUUAUUGCUUUUCCGCGAUCCUGAGGAGGAGAAGUUGGUUGAAGCAAUUGCAUUGGGGCUGGGGAUGAAGAGAGUGGGAUUCAUAUUCACACAAACAGUAAGUCAGGAUAAGAAGGACUAUACAAUGUCGAAUGCAGAGAUUUUACAAGCGGUGGAACUGCACACAGAGAGUGAUUUGAAAGAGUGGGUGACGGCUGUAGUGAAGUUGGAGGUGAACGAGGAUGGUGGAGCGGACGUGCAUUUUGAGGCGUUUCAGAUGAGUGAUAUGUGUGUAAGGCUGUUUAAGGAAGGCUGGUUUGAGAAGGAGAUCCAAGGGGAGAUUGACCCGAAGUUGUCAAGAAUGACGAAGGAUGUAGUGGUUGCAGGGAAGGAUACGAGGGAGGUGGACAAUGACUUUUUCUUGGUGGUUGUCAAGAUAUUUGAUCACCAGGGCCCACUUUCAUCAACAUUUCCUAUUGAGAACAGGAAUGUCCCAAUAUCAAUGCAGGCGUUGAAAACCCAUCUGGAUCGAUCAAAGAGUCUCCCUUUCGUGAAGCGGAUUUCUGAUUUCCAUCUGCUGUUGUUGAUAGCCCGGUUUUUAGAUGUCAAUGCUGAUGUUCCUGCAUUGGCAGCAUGUGUACAGGCACAGGCUACUAUACCAGAAGGAUUUCAGCUCUUAAUCGAAUCUAUAGCCAGUGCUUGA